GUAAAUUUAAUCUCAAUUCAUUGUGCAUUUAAUAUUGAAUAAUUAAAUACAAAAAGUAUUAUACGAAAAAGAAGAUGUUUUAUAACAUAUUAUUACAUUUAAUACUAAUAUUCUACGUUUGGAAUUCGAAUAAUUUCGUAGAUGCCGAAAUCGAUUUAAUUGUACCCUGGGAGUCCGAGAGAAGCCAAAUGAGUCAUUUACUACAAGACUUUUUAGGCUAAGUGCUACAAAAUAUGCAACGUCCCAAUGUGUGACUUUCAUAAAGUUUUCUCUGUUUUUAAAAAUGUAUUUUCGACGUGAUUUAGAUUCUAAAUCUCAUGAUUAUAUUCAACAUUUUAAAAGUAAAAUUUAUUUAUAUGGCAGUGAUUUGAUGCCUGAAUAUAUUCUUGCUUGUGAUGAAUUCCCAACCUUGGAUUUUACUCGUUUCGAGAGUCAACUAGAGGCGCUGAAAACUGGUAAUGAAUUACUUAAAAUAAGGAUGGAUAAACAAGAUGAGUUUUUGCUACGUUUGGAGGAAAAAAUCGAAAAGAGCACACAAAGCAUAGAAAUUAGAAUACAGACACAAAGCAAGGAAUAUUUCGAUAUAUUAAAUGAUUUAAUUGGAAAACAAAAUCAACUGAUUGAAACACAAUUUCAAGAGAUACUUGCCAAUGAUAAAAUCCAAAUGAUAAGUGACAUCAAGGAAAUAGUUAAAGGUCAUGAUGUUCUCUUAGGAGUAUUAAAUGAGAAACUAAAUAAUAUGGAAAAUAUAUUAAACAAAAAUAUUUCGAAACUCAACAGUUGAGUAAUAGUGUUUCUAAAAAUUUAACAAAAUUAGAAAUUAUCGAUGCGAAAUUAACAGAUAUUAUAACUACAGCAGCAACUAAAGCGGAUCACCAGGAACUUAAUCAAUACAUACACACACAUUUCAAUA